GACAAAUUACGAGAAGUUUUGAACCUACAACUUUUUAGACUUGGUGUAUCAGAAUUUAUAGAUGGUGGUAUAUCACAUUAUGAAAAAUUUGAAAUUAUUUUUAAUGUUGUUAUGUGCGGUUGUGAAGCACAUAAUACGACUUCUGGAGAUAUUGGUUGGUCACAACAGUUAUAUGCGGGUGUGGGGAACAUAAUAUGA